AUGGCGAUCUCAAUGGCCUGUCCAGGACGCAGCUGCGUGCUGGGGUUUUUCUUGGUGACUGAGAAACAGUCACGAUGUUUGGACCUGGAGAAAAAGAGGGACGGGCUUGUGUUCCAGAUGGGGAGGUUGAGCUGCCAUGUCAAGGUAGAAACUGCUCUGUAUGUCGGUGUCAUCCCGCGAAAGGGGUCUCCAGGGAAGCCGGGGGAUCAAGGCCCCCAGGGACCAAUGGGGCCGUGGGGACUUCGAGGGCCACCUGGAGACAAAGGCAGGAGGGGAAUAGAGGGAUCACACGGCCCUGAGGGGCCCAAAGGAGACCGUGGCAAGAUUGGUGCAUCUGGUUUCCCUGGUAACGACGGCUCAUUAGUAAGCAAUCCACUGGAUUACCUGGACUUAAAGGAGUUAAAGGAGAACCGUUGUAUGGUGUUACCCUUCCUGGACUUCCUGGGGAGCGUGGCAGAGAUGGAGAGCAGGGUCUACCUGUAUGUUUUUAAAGCAGUAGUUCUGGAGGACGAGGAGUCAUGGGACCUAAAGGCCAUGAUGGCUUCUCUGGUCUUCCUGGACCUGAGGGAGACAGAGGUCUUCCUGGACCAUGUGGAGCACAAGGCAUUAUGGGGGAUAAAGGAGACUCUAACGGACAAAGAUAUAAAGGAGAGCAAGGAAUCCCUGGAUUUCUUGGACUUCCGGGUCUUCCUGGUAUUCCUGGGUGUCUAUGGAGAGGAAGGACUUCCGGGUCUCAUUGGAAGAGCUGGACCAAAGGGUUACCCGGGAGAUCCAGGUCCUCCCGGCCCCGUUUACUUAUAUAAUGGAAGUGAUGCCAGAGGAGCUAAAGGUGAACGUGGUUACCGAGGGUCAUCUGGAAUCCCAGGUGACAUGGGGUACCCGGGGAUGCGAGGACCUCCUGGCCAACCAGGGUUAACAGAGCCAGGCCUUCCUGGUCCACAGGGGCAUCCCGGCCUGCCUGGUCCACCUGGUUAUCCAGGAUCUCCAGGGUUUCCAGGAGCUCAAGGACUCAUUGGGGACCCAGGUCUAAAGGGAGAUGAGGGUGCGAGAGGACCAUGUGGCUUUCAAGGAAUUCCUGGUUUUAAAGGAAACAAGGGGCCGAAAGGUGACUCUUUUGUGGCAAGUGGUAAAGGUGUCCAUGGUGACAGAGGAUUUCCUGGAAAUACUGGUCCUCCUGGAGCAGCAGGUAGGCCAGGACAGGAUGGCCUCCCUGGCCCCACAGGAGACCCUGGACCACAAGGUUCUGGAUAUCCAGGAUUACCUGGUACCAAAGGUGACCCUGGUGUUGUUGGACCCAAAGGUUUUCCAGGGAUUGUAGGCCCCAAAGGACCUGGUUUUCCAGGCCCUACGGGGGCCCCAGGACCCAAAGGAGAUUAUGGUUAUCCUGGCACCCCAGGAGUUAGUGGCAGACCAGGACCUCCAGGUGAAAUUGACAAUUGCUGUCAUGAAGAAGCGUUUGGAUCACCUGGUCUAAAGGGUGAGCCAGGCUCCCCAGGAAUUCCAGGUGAGCCAGGAAUACAUGGUCUCCAGGGAGUUACAGGACACCUUGGCCUUAAAGGAUUGAGAGGAGAUGACGGUGGAACUGUGAACCUGGUCCCUGGGGGAUUAAGCUGGAUGGCCCUCCAGGCAUUCCGGGGAUACCAGGACUCCCAGGCAGAAAGGGUACAACAGGAGACAUUCUCUCUGUCUCUCCUGGUGUUAUUGGCCCAGCUGGCCAACCUGGGGUUAUUGGGACAAAAGGACCUCGUGGCUUCCCUGGAAACCCUGGGUCUCCAGGCAUACAUGGCAGACCUGGACAACCAGGCCACAAAGGAGAGCCAGGAGUCAGUGGUGACCCUGGUGCAACAGGGCCCCAAGGUCCACCUUGUACUGUAUGUGAACUGUAUGGACUCCCAGGCCCUCCAGGCCCUCCAGGGAACUCUGGACAGAGAGGAAUACCAGGUGAUAAGACAGCACUAG